CUCAAAUCUCAGCGGCACCAGUCAGAGAAGUCCAGACCAACCGUCACGGCGACGAUCCCUACGACAUACCCAAAUAUUAAUUAAACUCAUCCUGGUAGCUUCAUACACCCCCAGACCAAUCCCAUGGGGCAAAUGAUGGGCCUCUGCAACCUAAACCCAAUCCUGCUAAGAAUAACCACGGGCUCCAUUCCCCUGAUCCAUGCUGGCCGAGGCCGGACCUGCCCACGCAUGUGAGCUUCAUUUCGGUCCGUCGUGUAUAUAUAGAGACUGUUGGAUGCGCCUCGAUGGGAGAAAAGAACAGAUCAGAGCUCUCCAUUCUUUUGGCAACGUUCUUAGCUUCUCUACACUCGGGCACUCGUUUGGUCUUCCCAAUUAUACAUAGAUCACUUUAAUCUUAAUUCAGCUUACCAGUCUUUCCCGUCAAGAUGAGAUUCUCCGCUAUCUUCACCCUGGGUCUUGCCGGCGCCGCCCUGGCCACCCCUCUCGUUGAGCGUGCUGGUUCCUCCCCCACCGACAUCAUCGCCGAUAUCAGCGACAAGACCGAUGCUCUUGACUCCGCCAUCAAGGCUUACAGCGGCGGUGAUCCCUCCAAGGUCGAGUCCGCUUCGGCUGACCUGGUCUCCACCAUUACCAAGGGCACUGAGACCAUCAAGGGCGGUGACGACAUCAGCACCACCGAUGCUCUUGCUCUGCCUGGCCCCGUCCAGGACUUGACCAAGAAGGUCGAGCAGGCCGUCGAUGACAUUAUCGCCAAGAAGGACCAGUUCGUCAAGGCUGGCGCUGGCGGCAAGGUCAAGGAGUCCCUGAACCAGCAGAAGUCUGCUGCCGAUGGUCUCGCCGAUGCCAUCACCUCCAAGGUCCCUGAGUCUCUCAAGGAAAUUGCUCAGAACCUCUCCGCUGGUAUCAGCAAGGCCAUCCAGAAGGGUAUCGAUGAGUACAAGGACGUUUCCGACUCCGCCCCCUCUUCCAGCGCUGCUCCCUCCGAGAGCGCCUCUGCCACCGAGAGCGCUUCUGAGACCGGCAGCGCCUCUGCUACCGGCACUGCCUCUGUCACCUCCAGCUCUGUGAUCCCCACCUCCUCCGGUGCUGCCAGCUCCUCCGCUGUCCCCUCCGGCUCCAGCACCCCCACUGGCUCCGGCUCUGCCACGGCCACCUCUCCUCCCCUGGCCACCGGUGCUGCCAACAAGGCCACCAUCGGCUACUCCCUUGGCGCCGUCGCCAUGGCCGCCAUUGCCGUCGCUGUCUAAGCGAUGAACUUCAAUGGGAAUGAUCCCAUCGUCCUGCAACGACCUUUGACGAUGGUGACGAAGACAAGCGCCAUGACCGAUUGGAACGACCAGGAAAGCAAUGGGCUUGUUCUGUAUAUUUUACUCUGUCUCACCGAAUUAAUGUAACGGGCUCUGCCUGUAUAUACCGUUUUUGAAAUUUGUUAUAGUCUAGUAAUGGAUUAUAUUUGCCGAUUGA